AUGUCAAGACAACCGCCCAACGGCCUCGUCGUCUUUGGCCCAGACGCAAACUGCACUCUCGAACUCUGUCCAAUAGAAUGGAGCGUUUACCAAUACCGACCCUCGCUCGCAGCGAACAUCACAUUCAUCGUGCUCUACGGUCUCGCUAUGGGAGUUCAUAUUACGCUGGGCAUUCGCUGGAGGCAAUGGUUCUAUAUGUCGUUCAUGAUGCUCGGCUGCAUAUUUGAGAUUAUUGGGUAUAUCGGUCGUAUUAUCCUGUAUAACAACCCUUUCAACUUUGGAGGGUUUAUGAUACAGAUUGUGUUUAUCACGAGUGGUCCUGUGUUCUAUACAGCCGCUAUCUACGUGACUCUGUCCAAGAUUAUCAAGCACUUUGCCCCCGAAGUUUCACGGUUCAAGCCAGAAGUCAUCUGGUGGAUUUUCAUUCCCGCCGAUAUUGUCUGUCUCGCUCUUCAAGGCACUGGCGGCGCUCUUUCAACCAUCAGCCAAGGCUCAAGUCAACGAGGUAUCGACAUUGCCUUAGCCGGUCUCUCGCUCCAGGUCGUUAUCCUCGUUCUCUUCUGCGCUCUUCUUGGCGACUAUCUCUGGCGAUAUUUCCGAAGCGGAUCUUCAGGUGCGCUGAGUAGCCAGAUGCGAAUCUUCUUUGGCUUCGUCAGCGCUGCUGUUAUUUUGAUCCUUGCGCGCUGCGCAUUCCGAUGCUAUGAGUUGAGCGAGGGUUAUCAAGACUCGGACCUUAUCACAGACGAAGGUCUCUUUAUUGGUCUAGAGGGAGUACUCAUUGUCAUUGCUGUCUUCUGUCUCUGUGUAGGACACCCUGGUCUUGUGUUCAAUGACACAGCCACGAGGAAAAUCUCUGCUUCGUCACAAAGUGAUGUUGAGAAGUAA